AGUGUGGGUGUCCUGCCCUUGAGGAACCAGAGCAAGUCUCUACUAGUCAACAUGUCCUUCUUCCUCAUCAUGAUACACAAUCUGAACAUGAAGAACCAGGUGCUGACAGCAAGUGGAUGGUUAAAGUUUGAGUGGUGUGAUGAGUUCCUCCAGUGGAGCCCCAGCCAAUAUGGCGGCAUUGACGAGCUGAUUCUCUUCCAGAAGGACGUCUGGCUGCCGGACAUCUUCGUGGAAAACACGGCCCAGCACUACAGAGAGCUGGGGAACAACCAGAUGUUGAUUAGCAUCAAGAGUUCCGGCAUGGUGCACUGGGAGCCUGGCAUUGUCACGGAGACAAGCUGCGCCGUCAACAUCGGCAAGUACCCGUUUGAUACACAGGUCUGCGACAUCAGGUUUCUCACCUGGAUGCAUACCAACAAGACGCUGACCGUCAGUCCAGAGACAGACACCAUCAACAUGGACGCUCUGCUGCCCAAUGGCGAGUGGGACAUCACACUGACAGAGGCUAAAGACUACAGGUACCCGUCUACAUACAGACCAGGCACCUACCACACCGGUGUAAACUUUGUCGUCCACCUGAGAAGGAAGCGGUUCUUCUACGUGUUGAACACCAUUAUCCCUGUGGUGAUGUUGUCGUGUCUCAACGUGCUUGUGUUCAUCCUGCCCUCGGACUGUGGGGAGAGGAUGGCCCUCGCCGUCACCGUCCUGUUGGCCUUCACCGUCUAUCUCGGCAUCAUCAGCGACAACAUCCCCAAGACGUCGGAGAGUCUGUCUCUCUUAGCCAUCUAUCUAACCAGCCUAUUGGCGCUCAGCACCGCCUCUGUAGUCUGCGCGGGGAUCGUCUUGAAUAUUCAUUACCGCGACCCUUCGCACCCCGUCCCCAAGGUGCUCAAGUGGAUGUUUGCCCCGGCCCCACCCAGGGUACCAGAGGACCCAGUCAAACCCCCGACCUACAGCAUGGAGACACAGAGGGCGUCGGUGUCUUACUGGGAGAGGAGACCCGUUUUCUGGGAUCAGAGGUGA